CCGGGGCCGAUUUAUAACAAGAGUGCUUGUAUAACGGCCCAUCACUCUUUGUCUUUGUGAAUGGUUAUUAAACCCUAUUGAGCAGUUUGUUUGUUUGUUUUUUAAUAACAUUUUAUUCAUCCUCUUUUUUUCGUUAUUUCCUAACUGGGAGCUAUGGCCAGCUCGGGGCUACAGAUUUGGGGUUUUUUACUCGCACUUUUGGGUCUGUCUGCCACCAUCGCCGCUACUUUUAUGGUUGAAUGGAAAAAACAGUCUCAAGGAAAGACGCACAAGAUUUACGACGGUCUGUGGAUGAGCUGCAGUGGAUAUGAGAGAACAACGUGCGAGUUUCACGAAUCCAUCUUCAAACUCUCUGUGGAGAUCCAGGCUACCAGAGCGGCGAUGUUGCUCAGUAUCUUCCUGUCUGCGGUGGGGCUCCUGGUGUCCACUUUGGGGAUGAAGUGCACCCGGUUUAUGGACGGGAAGAAUGAAACGAAGGCCCACACAGCUAUGACCGGAGGAAUCAUCUUCAUCAUCGCAGGUCUUCUGUCACUCAUCAUCACCUCCUGGUAUGUCAGCCAGAUUGUUCACUCUUAUAAAACAGCCCAUCGUUUACAAAGUUUUGAGUUUGGGAAAGCUGUUUUCGUCAGCUGGGCAGGUAGCCUCCUCAAUAUUUUGGGUGGAGCAUUCCUGUGUUAUCGUAGGUGUUCACACAGAUCUGAGUCAUUUACAGGGAAUCGCCUGCUUCCUACAAGUCAUCCAAAAUCCAACUAUGUCUAACAUAAACACAGAAAGUACAUGUCAAGGUCUGUCAGGCAUUUUUUUAUUAUUCGGACUUUUGGGUGAGCGCAUUAGAUGAUCCAAAUAUGAUUUGUAAAUAUUUGAAAUUUUACACUUUUUCUGUUGAAUUCAGUCCAUUUAUUGUCAAAUUGUGAGAAAAUGUAUAAUGCAGGAAGCAUACAGUACUGGUAUAUGCUAUUUAUAAUCUUUG